AUGACCAGAGGGGCUUUUCCCCCACGAGCUUUAGCUUUAGCACCUUCUUACCUUAAAUUCAAUACCUCUCUCAAAAAUUAUGUCCUUCUCAGUAAUAACCAGCUUUUGUCGUUUGUUUAUUUGCAAUAUAAAAGUAAUUAUUUUAGAGAAGAUGAUUGCCCUAUUCUGUAUGCUCUGGAGGAAUCUCAAGAUGCACUUAAUUACAAUUCAACUUUAGAUAAUUCUACAAUUGGGGAAGGUUUCGAAGAGACAAAUAGCACAGACACUUCGUGUUCCUCUUUAAAGUUUUUAUUUUCUAGGUUGACUUUGAGUAUCCCAGCUGUUGAAGCAUUGGACAAAUUCACAACUUGGCUGAGGACCCACGAUCAAUAUUUGCCCAAACAUGAUCAUGCAAUUCUUAUAACGAAGUUCGAUCUGUUGUCACCUCGAGGUGAUUCAUACACCCAAGGUAUGGCUUAUGUCGGCAACAUCUGUAAAAAAGGCGAUUCAGCCAGUAUCGUAGAGGAUAUCGGUGCUGCAGCCACAGCAGUUAUCGCAGGAAUACUUUCUGGGCCGAGAUUUGUGCGCUCGGGAUCGAGAGAUCUGUGUGCUCGUGUUUGGUGUAAGGAUCGAACCAAACGACGAAGCGAACCAUGUGAAACAAAAACUUACUUUCCUGCAUUGGAUGGUACCGAAUGUGGUCGUACCAAGUGGUGUAUCGCAGGACAAUGUGUUGACAACCCCAAAAGGAUACGAGAAUGCUCCGAUCUGAAUGAAAAAAUGUGCCGGAAGUACUCUAAAGCAAAGUUACGACACUACUGUAAAGCGACCGAUUUCAAGGAAAUUUGCUGUCGUUCGUGUGAACAAUUGAAGGAUCUCUGA